GGUCAGCCGGUAGAGGAUGAAGGUUCCGCGAUUGCUGUGCUGCCCGCGCACAACCGCGAGGUCCUGAGAGCGGCGCGAGCGAUGCGAGUCGAGGGCUGCGAGGAAACAGACUAAAUCGAGACACCACGGCCGAGUAUCGUCCUGUUUCAGCAGUGUGACGGAGAAACGCAGUAAGCAUGUCGGUGCUAGCUCUGCAAGAGUACGAAUUCGAGAGACAGUUCAACGAGGACGAAGCCAUUCGAUGGAUGCAGGAGAACUGGAAGAAGUCCUUUCUCUUCUCUGCACUCUACGCUGCCUUUAUCCUCGGAGGGCGCCAUGUCAUGAAACAGAGGGAGAAGUUUGAGUUGAGGAAACCACUGGUGCUUUGGUCCCUGACACUUGCUGUAUUCAGUAUAUUUGGUGCCAUCCGUACUGGGAGUUACAUGACUUACAUCCUGAUGACAAAAGGGCUUAAACAGUCAGUUUGUGACCAGAGCUUUUACAACGGGCCUGUCAGCAAGUUCUGGGCAUACGCCUUUGUCCUUAGUAAAGCACCAGAACUGGGUGACACUCUCUUCAUUGUCCUGAGGAAACAGAAGCUCAUCUUCCUCCACUGGUAUCACCAUAUCACCGUUCUGCUCUACUCCUGGUACUCCUACAAAGACAUGGUGGCCGGUGGCGGAUGGUUCAUGACCAUGAACUACUUGGUCCACGCCGUCAUGUACUCUUACUAUGCCUUGCGGGCGGCUGGCUUCAAGGUGUCGCGCAAGUUUGCCAUGUUCAUCACACUGACCCAGAUCACCCAGAUGCUGAUGGGCUGUGUGGUCAACUACUUGGUGUACUCGUGGAUGCAGCAGGGCCAGGAGUGUCCAUCCCACAUGCAGAACAUUGUGUGGUCUUCCCUCAUGUACCUCAGCUACUUUGUGCUCUUUGUCCAGUUCUUCAUCGAGGCCUAUUUCGGCAAGUCCAAAUCAACAGCCACAGCUGUCACCAAGAAGAGCGAGUAAGCACAUGCCAUAAGUAUGGGAAGAAGGGAGAUAAUGAAGAAAAGGGGAGUCGGAAAUGUCGAGCAGAAACCAGUGACUUGAGAGAAUCUGUUAGUGAGGGUAAGGGUUCUUGGAAUGAAAUAUGGAUGAUUGAGUCUUGUCAGGGGGAGUGGGGGUGGGAUGGGACAGGGGUGGGAGGGUCAAGAGGAUGGCAGGUGUUUGUGCUUAACAUUAAUAUUAAUGUGCAGAUCUAAAAUGUCUCAACGGAGGUGACGUCUCCCUUGAGGGAUGCUGAAGAAGCAACGCCGCCAUGAUCAGGAGCCAUCACAAGUUGUCCGCCUGAAAGUUAAAGGCCCUUUAUGAAUUCACCAUGAAUAAUUUUUAAAACCUAGAAUAUAACAAAAGGAGAAAAUCACCAGAUUGAAACAAAUACAUUUGCCACAAGCAUAUGUUUACUUGAUAUUAAAAAAGAAUAUUAAUCUGUAUCAUUGUGCAAAGAUGUAUGACGCUUCUCCACUUCUUCCAGCUGUACAAAAAAUGAAGCCAAAAUAUCCUGGAUACGAGUGCUGCCUUCUUGGGCUGGUGAGGUCUUUUAGAGCCCGAGACUGUGCGGUAGUGAUCAGGGGUUGGGGUCAUAGUGUUGAGUUCUUGCCCAUACACCCGUCCGACUCAGUCACAAGCAAGGCCCAGAUGUCAUUUGUGAUGUUUUUAUAUCAUCAGAUAACUAAUUAAAAUGAACUUAUGAACUUAUGUCAGUGCGAUAAGAACAACCUAAAAUGAUGGAAACCAUGUUUGGGAAAUAUUAUUUUAAUGUGCACUUUGAGUGUUUAGUUUGGCCCAUCUGUCAACAUUUGCGGGGAGCCGAGGGGGGAGGCAGGGGUUGGUUGAAUGACCUAUACUGCAACCAGCCACCAGGGGGCAAUCAAGAUACUUUGGCUUCAGUUUUGGUGAGUUCUCAUGUUGUCCUUCUUUAUACAGCGUCAGUGAUCUGUACAUAUGAAGAUGGAUGGAGUCAGCAUUCACUUAAGCCAUCUGAGUAUGUUUUUGUCUGUCUGUCGUCAGUGUUUCUUGUUUUGUUUUGAUCUGUCAAAGGAAAAGUUUGAGACACUGGUGAGUGUGUGGGUAAUUGACGUGAACUGACGAGGUGAACGGCACUGUUUCUUCUGUCUUAAACUGCAAAAUGUGAUAUUUUCUCAGGUCUUAGGUUAUCUCUUUCUUAAUAUAAUAUGCAUAUCAAGACAAAAUAGGCAUGAAAAAAGUAUGAAUGAAACUGAUUAGACUGGCUUACUCAGUUGAUCACACUGCUAAUGGGCAUGAUGGGAAACAGAUGCUCACAGUGCCCUGCUUCACCGCUCGUCAUGACCUUGAAGAAGUUACCAACCACACUUGGAAAAAUGACUUGACAUUGAUUUCCAAAUGCUUCUCUGUGUCAAACGGCCCCUACCAGUGAAGAAAACUUUUGUGUUGGACACUGAAGGCUUAAAUGGAGGACAGACAUAUUUAUGUUUAGCAAAACAAAACAAAAAAAAAAUCAAACAUGCAAAUUGUUCAAAUCUGCUGUAUUGACUUAAAAAAAUAGUAUGUAUCCAUAAUGGUGUCUGUUGUGCUAUUGUGCAUUUGCACUGUAUCAAUGUCAAAAACAAUUGUUGCAGAAAAACUUAACGUAUGAACAAAGAGUGCAAAAAUGUGA